AUGACGUCUGCAGCCUCGUUACCAGAACAGUCCCCAGUCUGCCGCUGCCGCUCAUUGACAGGAGCGGGCGCUCGGACGUCAGCAGCCGGACCUUUGGCGAGGCUGCUCCCGCGGAGACGGCUCCCACCCCCGCACCUGCCAGCCCGCCCCGGGAGGGGGAUAAUGAAAUCAAAGCCACCAGGGAGGGAGGGAUUCGGUGGCAGUCUCGGGGCCGCCGCUCCGGGAGUCGCAAUGAAUGGAGGGACGCCCGCGCGCGGGGACCAGCGGGUCCUUGGGGGCGCUCUUCCCACGCGGGGACACGCACCCUCGCCUCUGCAGGGGGGAGAACCUCAAACUACCACCCUUAAGAGGCCAAAGGCUCGCCCUCUCCCUUCCCCUAACCCACACCAGGGGUCUUUUCUGCCCCUGCGAAGCUGGAACACAAAACCCGGGGAGCUGCGCUCAGCCCCGCACCGUGGAGAGCCGGGGUGCGGACCCAGCCCGGACGACAGCAGCAGGGAAGGGAGCGGCCACGUGGAGCACGGCCCUGGCUGGGGCCAAGGGUGCCGCCUACCCCUGCGUACCACUGGCGGCCCAGGACCGCGCACCCUCCCUCCCGAGCACCCAGGGGUGCGCUGCGCCGGGGAGGAGGGCGCGGCUGGAGGGAGCGAGCGGCGACCGCGGUGCCGGUUCCCCACGCGAGCCCAGCUCGCCGGGAAUCCGUGGGUUCGGUCCCCACGCUGCUGCGGAACGGCGGGGAGGAGGCCCCCACCGGGACGUGGCGCCCCAGGCCGGACGCUGCACCCCACCCCCACCCCCGUCUCACUCAAGAACCCCCAAAAUUGA